AUGUCACCGUCCUCAUCAACGUCUUCAUCGGCGAUGACGUCGAUUCGGACGACGUCGAGGACGUCUUCUUCCUCUUCGACAAGUGUCACUGGAGGCUACGAGACGAUGAGCGAGAUUUCUGCGGACCGCCUGAAACCAUCGCCAAUGUUUGUCUUGCCGACUGUCGACACGGUGCCGCCUUCAGUUGGAUUAUUCGGCCAGCAACCCUUCGGACGUCUUCUGAAGUGCUCGCCGAUGGUGGGAGCCUUCACCAUGUUCGCCAACGAGAGUGAAGCCGUCAAGCAGAAGUCCGAUGAAAUCCGACAGUUCGAAGAAGAAAAAAAGGAAGAGGAGGAAGAAGAAGUGGAAGAAACCGAGGAGUCUGAGGACUGCCAGAGCUCUUGCUCCUCCAGCAAGCAGACUGAAUGGUUUAACGAACAUGACGACUCCUAUUGGAGAUCUUGCGGCGGAAUCCGACAGUUUCUGCCGCCGUUGGCUUGGAGCUCUUCCUCCACCUCGCCUGAUGACGAUUCUGAGGAUUCAGAUGAAGACGAGCAGCAUGAAGGCUGUGUGAUUGUGCCUUUGAGCGACGCCGACAUGGCCUACGUCGAAUGGGCCCAUUCUGAGAGCCGACUUUUGGAGAUCUACGCCCAGCCUAUGCAUCGGUUCCACGUGAUGCCGCCGAUGUCUUUUUGUCUUCAGCAGGUCUUGACUGAGACUGGCACUGGGCCUUAUUCGUAUCUAGGUGGCUUUGGUUGGUUUUUAUGCUGUGUUUAUUGAACUGAUAGUGCUCGAAACUUACCAAGCUAGGGGUAAUCAGAGAACAAUGAAGGAAAGUGAAAGACUUCAGACAGUUUUUCUGGCGUCUUUUGAGGCUGGUCACUCGGGAAUGAGAAUUGACAAAGCGGCCGGAGUAAUUGAAAGAGAGAGAUCAACGACUCACUGAAGAAAGGCCCAGAGAAAAACCUAUUCUCGAGCUUUCCUCUUCAGACUAACAUUGAUCUUCCGCUUUCCCUUUUGUCCCCUGUGAAGAAAAAUUUCUUCGAAAUUUAAAUCACACUGGAAAUUCCCAAAAGUCUACUCUAGAAGACAAUUGGAGAUUUUAAACUCAAACGUCGGUCCUAAACGGUGUUGAUCAUGUUGAUUGAGGGAAAGUCUAGGAGUUAGGAAAAAAACUUAAAGGCAAAAGUGGAACUUUCGAUACGGAUCAAAGGAAACUAUUUUUCAUGUUAAAAACUUGCUCUUAGGAUAAAAGAAUUGGAAAAGAAUUGAAUUUUAUUAUUGGAGCCCUUUGGAUUGUAUUUUAGCUUGAACAGAAUUUUCAAAGCUUUUUUUAACGUUAUCCAUUUUCCAGCCAACCUCGAUUCGUUGAAAUCUUCUCUGCCGACCGUCUCUACGGCCACCAAUGGUAGUUGAUGAAAACUUGAUAACUUUUCAAAUUGUCAUUUUCCAGGAGAUGCGAGCAAUACGGUCAAACAGACCCUCGAGCUCAUCAACAAGGACGUCAUCAAGGACUCGACGAUGCUCUCGGGACCGCCGCCGCCGACGUCGGCCUCGAUUCUGGCCAGCGGACAGUUCCAGGUCUCCAAGAUGGACGUGGUUCGUUUCUCGAAGAUUAUUCGACCAUCUGUCAACUGAUCUGGUCCAAAAUUCUAGAGCAGGUAGUCCUGCGUAUGCGUAUUCGAAAACAAAACAAUAAAUUAUUGGCAAGCGAAAAAAGCUGGUCGGAAAUAAACGCAUUGAUUUUUUAUCUUCUGAAAAGCAUAAUCCACUUUUUUCCUGAGGAGUUGAUUUUGAAUCAAACCAAUGUCUUCAACGUUCAGCUGAGCGAAAAUAUCUGGCACUACCACAACAAGGUGGCGCAGACGGACGCGAUGCUCCACAGGAAACUUCACCUCCGCGACAUGCUCUACUACGCCAUCGCUCCUGUUUUCCCCAGUGAGUAUGGAUUUCAUUGAAGAAAAUAUCAUUCAUGUUCAAGUACAGAAAUAAAUUAUUCUAGGAGGAGAAGCUCAGAAAAACUCACAUAUAAAAAGAAAAAAUGAUUUUUUUUAGGUCAGGGAAAUUGUGUUGGCAAAAAUAAAAACAAGUCUAAGCCUUAGGGUUAACUUCAUUUGAAAAUAUUUGAGUUGGAGGCUUUCAAAAAUGGUUUGCUUGUGUAUGAGAUUGAGACAAGUGUGCUCCAUUGAGAUAAGAAGAUGACUUUUUCAUUUCUUUCUUUUUCCAGUGUGUGGCCUGUACGUGGUCGGAUCGUCAUUGAACGGUUUCGGAAACAAUUCAUCGGAUAUGGACCUUUGCUUGAUGAUCACCAACAAAGAGGUCAUUGAACUAUAUUAAAUGGUGAUUUAUUAUCUUUUCUGUUUCAGCUCGACCAAAGAACGGACGCGGUCGUCGUCCUGAACAUGGUUCUGUCGACGCUGCAACAUGAAAAAAUCGUCGUCAGCCAGCAGUUGAUCUUAGCCAAGGUAUAAGGGGGUACUUUAGGGAAGUUGAAGGGGAAAUUAGAGGGUUUUCGGAGGAAUUUCCAACAAGUUUGAGUCAUUCCAAAUGCGGCAAUAGGGAUUAUUUGAGUUUUGAGAUCAUCCGAAUUGAUUUUGGAAAGUUGUCGUUCCAUAUUUUUGUUGAAAGAGGAUGAGUUGAGCUAUUUCAAACGCGGACAUAGAAGAGACCCUUUUGAGACAUUCCCAAUGCGGUUGUAACGCUCAAAAUAUUUUUGUUUGAAAAGUCAGAGUUUCAGAUAUAUAUAUAUUUUUUUGAAUUUUUUCUGUCAAAGUUGAACCAUUAGGUACGGAAUAUUGAAUAUUGGCAUUGAAAGCAAUAUGAAACGUUUUUCCAGGUGCCUAUAGUUCGGAUUCGUUUCACGGAACCCUUCCUCGACAUCCAGGUCGAUUUGAACGCCAACAAUUCGGUCGCCAUCAAGAAUACCCAUCUUUUGUGCUAUUAUUCUUCAUGUAAGUUGCAAAAUCCGAAAAAUAUCGAAUUAGAAGAAAUUUCAGUUGAUUGGAGAGUUCGUCCAAUCGUCUCUGUAGUGAAAGAGUGGGCCAAGCGCAAGGGAAUAAACGACGCGAAUCGGUCGACUUUCACGAGUUACUCGUUGGUCUUGAUGGUCAUCCACUACCUUCAGUGUUGGUUUUUUUUUUCAGAGACUUCUGCCCGAAAAGUUUUGGGAAAACUUGAAAAAAAAAAUUUCCGAGUUUAGAGUUAUAACUUCAUCAAACUGUAUUGUUUUUUGAAGUACUGGUAAGAAAUUCAUUGAAAAUUAAAAAGUUUUGCGCUUUAAAGUUAGCUUUUUGCACUAUUUAAAAAAAUAAGAAAGUUCGUUACUUUUUGUGGCUCAUAGAAACGCAUUGAAGCUUUUUUUAGAGCAAGAAAAGUUUUUCCAGAAAAAAAAAUUGAAUUGAAGUAAAAUCUGUAAAAGGAAUUUCCCCCGAUUUCACUGUUCCUCUUUGAAGACGGUGCCGAUCCUCCGGUGCUGCCAAACCUGCAGAAGAUGUACCCGAACCGGUUCUCGAACAAGUGCGACGUGAGGACCUUGAACGUCACCCUUCCACUGAGCCCGCCCCCGGAGUCCACCGAAUGGAAGUUCAACGACUCGGCCACCCUCGGCGAGCUUCUCAUCGGUUUCCUCGACUACUACGCCAGCAAGUUCAAGUUCGAAAUUGAAGCUUUUGCAUCGAAACCCCGAGAAAUGUUCAGUUAUGACCGUGACGCGAUAUCGAUCCGACAGGGAAGAAGAAUCGAGCGAGCGGCGGUGGCGCGACAACGCACCGGUAUGUCUUCGUCGUCGAUGUCGUCGUCGUCGCUGAGCCACGGAGGCAGCAAUAUUCCGGCCACGGCCUGGAGAGCCCAGUGGAGAUGCGUUUGCAUCGAGGUGAGCAGUCAAGGACCUAGAAAAUGGACCUAUUUGGUCCGAAAGCCUGCGAAUAAAACUUCUACACUUCUCGGUAUGGGUAGAAUUGUUCACCGCAUCUAAAAUUUCAGAUGGAAUUGGUCUAGGAAGCCUGGAAGAUGAGUUUAAGCUGCUCCAAGUUGGGAUAUUUUCUGAAAGUUUUAGCUUGUCUUUUAGUGUCUAAUGAGAGAAAUUUUGUGGUAGAACUGGACGAAUUUUAUUUUUUUUAAACCAAUAGUGUCAGGUAUUUUUUCCGAGAAUUCAUGGUUUCAUUUGUUAAAGAUGAGUUGAAGACGCGGAAAGCUGAAGUUUUUGUAAACCAUCGGACAGUUUCUUUUUGACUUACAAUUCACAUAAAAUUUGGAAAUAAUAAACUUUUUUGAAGGUUAAACUUGAUAAUUUUCUAAGAUAAUGCAUAUUAAAUAUUAAAAUGAAUAUCAAAGAUUGAUUUUCCAGAACUUAUUCUUUAAAAUAUUCACCUUUUUUUAGUUUAUAUUCAGAGAUUCAGGAAAAUUUUUUUGUUGAUCAGCUUUUGAAAUUUCAACAAUUUAGGAGCCUUUCACGAACUCCAAUACGGCCCAUUCUAUAUACGAUGAAAUGGUGUUCGGGGCGAUAAAAGAUGCCUUCCGGGAAGCUCACUCCGAGUUGGAAAGAAACCGGGAUCUCAGUCGUCUUCUCGACUGCAAACCGAUAAACGUUGCAGCGCCGGUUGGAGGGUUUUCGAAGUCUUUUUGAACUCAUCGAAAGUUUCGAAUUUCAGAGCCAUCGUUUAUACGACGAAUUACGAGGAGAGAAGUGUCAUCACGGCCACGUCGGCUCCUGCACCGCCUCCAUCGAUCGCCAGUUCGAUUCGGAACAUGCUCCCGAUGGGCAUGUUCCAGCAGCACAAGCACAAGCAGCAGGUCCAGCGCAACUUGCCUCAUCCGUCCCAACAGCAGCAUCUGCCUCAAGCGGUCGCCCAAGCCUUCCACGCGUCCAACGUCGCUCCUCCUCCGCCGCCACCGCCGACCACAGCCAACACAGUCACGACCUCCGCUGUCACGACGGCAUCGUUGACUUCAUCGGCGGCCACGACACCGUCCGUGUCACCAACCCGACUGCUAGACGACGUCGUUCCUUCUGCGGCUACGAGUGUCGCCGUGCAGAUGACGCCUGAAAAGCCCCAGCCAGCCAAGCCGCAGCAGAACGGAAAGACAUCCCAAAAGAAGGCCGCGCCUCAGAAGAGCAACACGGCGGUGAAUAAGUGAGUUUCCAGUCCGAUUUUUAUUUUCAAGAUGUAAAAAGACAAGCUGCUACUAAACAGAGAUUGUUUUCAGUUCACAGUGAGACUUCAGAAUGAUAUUUGGUGUAUUAUAGCCCAUUCCGCUUCAGCGUUUCACCAUUUAUACAAAAUAUAGCUACAAAACUCUUCCGGGAAAAAUAUUUUUGCCAGUUUUAAAACGUCUUUUUUUCGAAGUUCAUUUAUCGAAACAAUUAGCCAGUAAUUCCAGGUCAAACAGCUCGGCAAACCAUCACGGCGGUCAACAGCAACACAACCCGAACCAGAAUUCGUCGCGGAAAUCGGCGGCUGGCGGAAAAGACGGCAGCAACAAGGAACGAAAGUAG